AUGCUGGGAAAGGACUGCAUCUUCGUGGCCGCCGUGAUCUUUGGAUCCGCGUUCUCUGUUCCGGUAGAGGUGCAGGACGAGUGUCUACCUGACAAACAGGUCGUCACCUGCCUCGAGAAAGAGGCGAUUGCUCUCAACAUCGAGUUGGACAUGAAUCUGACGAUGCCACAGGCCAACUGCUACUUCUUCCGCAAGGCCUCCUCCAAAUGCCUGUGCUCCCGAAAGUUUGUCAACGACUGGACGGCGCUGAACUGCGAUGGACCGGCCCCGAAACCAAAAUGUGAG